AUGGCCCCGUCGCCUCCGUCGUCGUCGACCGCGGUCGUACCGAGUCAGCAGCAAGAAGCUCUGGUCAAGAAGAAGAAGAUGGUCAAGCGACCACCCGCGCGCAGGCAGGUAGGUGCAUUCGAUACAUCACCCAGCCAAGCGUGUUCCCCCCGGCUCUGACUCCUACCGCUCCCUGCUCGGUCCGUCUCCUGCUCGCGACCGUCCCACCUACCACUCACCCAGGUCGAAGUAGGCCAAGUCGUGAAAAAAGCGCCCGAACAGACCGGCUCGACCUUCAACGUCUGGUACCACAAGUGGGCCGGUGGCGACAAGUACGACGAGUACAACGUCAAGGAAAAAUCCCAGACCCGCGUCGACCUCAAGAAGGACUCGGGUUACACCAAGGCCGAUGGUGACGGAACAAAGUAUCUGUGUCUUUUCUUUGCGAGAGGAUGUUGUCCACUAGGGUCAGUGAGACGGCCGGGUGCGGGGUUCAGCUUAUGGCAGCGACUGACGCCGACCCCCCAUCCAUGCCUGGAUUCCCAGCCACGAAUGCUCGUACCUCCAUCGCCUCCCUCCGUCCCAACACGAACUCCCCGACGCGUCCCUCGACGUCUUUGGUCGAGAAAAACACUCGGACUACCGCGACGACAUGGGCGGCGUCGGUUCCUUCACCCGCAUGAAUCGCACGCUCUACAUCGGUCGCUUGGUCGAGACGAGGGACACGGCCGAAAUGAUCGAGAGGCACUUCGAAGAGUUUGGCGAGAUUGAACGAAGUCAGUUCUUCCUCCUCGAGCUCUGUUCUCGCAUUGAUUCGCAACCCAGCACUGAUAGCCAUCCGACUUUGGAACGCCUGAUAGUCAAGAUCCUGAGUAGUCGAGGCGUCGCGUUCGUGACGUACGUUUCCGAAUUGAACGCCCAAUUCGCCAAGGAGGCCAUGAUGCAUCAAUCCCUCGACUCGGACGAGAUCCUCAACGUCAGGUAGGUCAACUAUACAUAUUUUGCGGUAUCUGAGAAAAACUCCAAACUGCAAGGUCUUAGUGGCUCUUAACAUAUCCACCGUCCCCGAUUCGUAGAUGGGCAACCGAAGACCCGAACCCGGCCGCCAAGCGACGCAACCGCCGCGAACUCGAACAGGCAGGCGAAGACGGCAUCGCCGCCACCUUGGACCCGGAAUUCGUUCGACGCGUGCGCGAAUUGGAUGAAUUGGAGGGACUGGUCGAACCGCUGCCCGCGGAGAUGCCGGAGAUUGCAGCGGCUAGGGACGAGGAACCAGACGAGGAGGAGGAAGGUCGACAGAAUAAGAGGGCUAGGAUCGAAGCUCCUCCUACUCCCACGACGGGCACACAGAAUGGUGCGCACGACGCCGUCAAAGCAGGAGGUAUCUUGUCAGCGAACGCGAUCGAUUCGCUCAAGUAUAUCGCUAGUUUGAGACAAGCAACAGCCGCACCAACGAGUAAAACAGCCGCACCACCGACACCGGCAAAUGCGUUGGGUGGUUUGGCGGCUUAUGGCUCCGAUGAGGAGUCGGAUUAG